AAAGGAUUGCCAGUUUUUCUUUGUAAAAUGAUUUUAAGUGUGGUAAUCAGUUGGUGGUAAUCAGUGUCCUUAAAUUGGGUUUUUAGGGCUGGGCUGCCCAAUUCAAUCUUAGCCUCUUUGUCUGGUUGAAUACGAAAAUCUGGUGCAUCUUUCAAUCCACCUCGUCGAAGCCCCAAUUGGGUCUGAUUUUCUCACAGUCCGGAGCUUCACUUCAAUCUCUUGGUGGCUCUGUCCCAAUCUGCAUAACAUCACAGCACCAUAAUCAGAAACAAUCGUUUCUUAUUGUUUUCAAACAUCAGCUAAAGCAAUGGUGCUCACAACCUUCAAUGGAACUGGAGUUGGAUUUGGUUUUGGCAUCGGUUGUGGGUUCGGCGUAGGAUGGGGUUUUGGAGGCAUGCCUUUGAAUUUCAUGGGUGUUGGUGUAGGUGGAGGCUGUGGAGUUGGGCUAGGCCUUGGAUGGGGAUUUGGCACAGCAUUUGGUAGUAAGUAUCGGUCCUCUAGGGUCAUAUUUCAAGGCCUGGAUUUUGACAGAGAGGCUAAAACUGAAGGUAGAGAGUCCACCGAAUUAACAAAAGGUACUUCCAAUGUUCAUGCUCCUCGGUAGUAAACACCUUUCUUUCUCUUUGUGCACGGAAUCAAUAGCCAUCGAGAUGAUGCUUUUGUUACAUGUCAACUGUGUGAGACAUAAGCGCAUUGUGAUGUGCUUUUGUAGCAUUCAAAUUGUAAAAACCAUGUUUUUAAUUUUUUUUUUUUUAAACAUUUUGAAAAUAUAAUUCUGUAUUAGAGAUUGAAAGGAAGUUGAUUUCCUUCUUUCAAUCUGUACUGCAUUCAGUUUAGUAUUUGGGCUUGGCUGAGUUUGAUUUUUAUUCAA